UGCCAAUUUGCCAGCUUGAGAAUCCAGAUCAAGCACAUGGUGCGCAAUCUACACCUCAGAGCAGGUUAGAAUUCCACCAACCAUCCCUCAUUCCAAAAACAACCAACUCGCUUUCACAGCUCCCACCGAUUCAGCGACUCGUCAUUUUGCAAAACAUGAUAAAAUCCAAAUCCAACCGGCGAGUCCAAAUCAACGCUUCUAACCCUCCAGAUUACGACGAUGAAGUCUCCGGCGAAGAGUACACCGGAAUGCGAUUAAAACAGUCGGACAGCAAUGUGAGCGAAGAUCAAGAGCCGUUCAUGGGCGUCAAGGUCCGACGAAAAGCAUCGCUUCAUCGCGAGAUUAAAGGAGAUUACAUCGGCGUCCCUUCUAAUGCAUAUUUAAUGAAACUUCUGCAAAAACAAGGUGAUAGUCAGGUUUUGUUUGCCGAUAAGGUUAUGAAAUUUACUAGCUCAGGGAAGAUGAAGCGGCGGAUAUUACUGAUUACUGAUUUUGCGAUUUAUUUAAUUGAUCCGUUAAGUGAUACGCUUAAACGGCGGAUUGCACUGCCGGCGGUUGAGAGGAUGCUUUUGAGUGAACUGAGUGAUAAUUUCUUUGCUGUUAUUAUUCCGACGGAGUAUGAUUUGCUUAUGGCCAGUACUCGAAAGACGGAAAUCGUUACUGUGUUAGCUGAUGGUAUUAAAAGUGCUUCUGAUUAUGACCUUGAAGUUCUGUUCUCCAAUAGCUUUGAGUAUCAUGCAUCUGCUGAAUUGAUAAAGGAAGUACAAUUUGAGGAGGCUGAAGGUGGUGUUAAAACAAGUUUUUUGAGAAAGCAAAGCCAGUAAAUGCUGUCAUAAGUUUGUAGACUAUCACUAUGUGGAAGAGCAGUGCAGUUAGUUGUAAAGACAUAAGACCAUCGAGAUUCAUUCCAUAGCAAAACAAAGGUAAAUAGCUUGGUGCUGAACCGACAUUAUGUGAUUGUAUGAAAAUGAAACCAUUUGGAUGUUAAAAAAUGAUAUAGUUUUAUUGAGUAUUGAUUCUUUGGAAA